UCGGUGAUGCGCCUUUGAUCAAUGUAGAUCAGACCAUCCACGGCUGCAUUUUCGGGAUUAAGAGAACAAACGCCGAUCUCCAUGGACGAAGCCCUGGGAGACUCAAUGGUUUUGUACUCCGUAGCAAUAAAGCAUAAAAGGAUGUUAUCGAUAAGAUGCCCAGUGAUAAGAUAAGGAGGGUUGCGGCCGUUGCGAAGCGCGGGUUUCGGAGGUGGCCGACGAGGCCCAUCAGACCAUUCCGUCGCUCUUUUCCUACUUCCGGGAUUUAAACGGGAUCCAAAGGAUUUAAAAGCUGGUGACAAUUGUCCUGUGACUUCUUCUUUGUCUUGUUCCAAAACCUCACUGCUGAUUUCUAUUCCAUCCGGUGUCCCCGAUCCUCAAUACCACUUGUAUUUCUCCAAACCUUCUGCUAUAACCUCCAAUUCUAUACAUCAAGAUGUCCGCAGUAACAGCAGCCCGCUACGGUAAGGACAAUGUCCGCGUCUACAAGGUCCACAAGGACGAGAAGACCGGUGUCCAGACGGUGUACGAGAUGACCGUCUGUGUGCUUCUGGAGGGAGAGAUUGAGACCUCUUACACCAAGGCCGACAACAGUGUCAUUGUCGCAACCGACUCCAUCAAGAACACCAUUUACAUUACCGCCAAACAGAACCCCGUUAACCCCCCCGAGCUGUUCGGCUCCAUCCUCGGCACACACUUCAUUGAGAAGUACAAACACAUCCAUGCCGCUCACGUCAACAUCGUCUGCCACCGCUGGUCUCGGAUGGACAUUGACGGCAAGCCCCACCCACACUCAUUCAUCCGCGACAGCGAGGAGAAGCGGAAUGUGCAGGUGGACGUGGUCGAGGGCAAGGGCAUCGAGAUCAAGUCGUCUCUGUCCGGCCUGACCGUGCUGAAGAGCACCAACUCCCAGUUCUGGGGCUUCCUGCGUGACGAGUACACCACCCUCAAGGAGACCUGGGAUCGUAUUCUGAGCACCGAUGUGGAUGCCUCGUGGCAGUGGAAGAACUUCAGUGGACUCAAUGAGGUCCGCUCGCAAGUGUCCAAGUUCGAUGCCACCUGGGCCACUGCUCGCGAGAUCACCCUCAAGACCUUUGCCGAGGAUAACAGUGCCAGCGUGCAGAACACCAUGUACAAGAUGGCAGAGCAGAUUCUGGCGCGCCAGCAGCUGGUCGAGACCGUCGAAUACUCGUUGCCUAACAAGCACUAUUUCGAGAUUGACCUGAGCUGGCACAAGGGCCUCCAGAACACCGGCAAGAACGCUGAAGUCUUCGCUCCUCAGUCGGACCCCAACGGUCUGAUCAAGUGUACCGUUGGGCGGUCCUCUCUGAAGUCUAAAUUGUAA